UCAGCUGGAUAUUACACGAGAGGUUUGCUGUAAUCUUCGUCAUACAAGAUAGUCUACCACAGUAUUCAGUAGAUUGAAAACUGGUCGCCCAUCUGUUUUGUUGUGAAUGUAUUUUCAGUGUUUAUUUCUGGAAAUCAGCUGUUGCAUCGUCACGAAAUCGGGAGAUUAGCAGUUUCAAGAUGAAGACACGGAGCAAGUUAAAGCGCACAGAUUUUUCAAAAACUGCUAGGAUACGCUUAGCUGUUGCCAAAGGUGAUAUAUUUGCAGUUCGUCGUUGUUUAGUUGAAGGAACAACACCAAAUGAUCAAGAUUUAAAUGGAUGGACUUUAUUACAUUUAGCAUCUUCAAGAGGAAGAGAAAAAGUUUUGCGUGUACUCCUUGAAAAUGGAGGGAGAACAGAGCUCCGAGACAGUAUAGGAGGAUUUACAGCAUUGCAUUAUGCAGCCAUGCACGGCAGAACACGUAUUGCACGGCUCUUACUGGACUUUGAUCAACAGAUAAACAGUGCAGUGAACAUCUGUAGCAGUGACGGAUGGACACCUUUACAUGUUGCAGCACAUUAUGGCAGAGACUCGUUUGCCGAUCUGUUACUUCAACACCAAGCUAGAGUAGACUCACUGAGUGAUAAAGGCACAACGCCUCUCCAGCUAGCUAUGAUCAGAGAGAGAACUGCUUGUAUCAAAACACUGCUGCAAUGGAAAGCUAAUAUUGAUGUGCAGCUCGGCUUCCCGUUAAGAUAUGCGGUCAUCAAGAGCAAUCACUCCAUAUGCAAAUUACUUCUCAAGAAAGGUGCUGAUGUGAAUUUAGGUCGCCAAGAGGAUGGACAGACUCCUCUACAUUUGUCUGCGUUGAAGGAUGAUGUUGCGGCUUGUCAAUUACUCCACAUGUAUGGUGCUAAUCCUACUGUUCGUAACCACGAUGGACAGACACCUUUACAAAUAUCAAAAGCUUUGUCCCUUGUUAAGAGACCCUGCCUGCAAUUCUUGGUUGAAAUCACAGGGAGUCCUAGAUCAUUGCAAGAUAUGUGCAGAUUGGUAAUUCGGCACGCCAUUGGACCGAAUAGACUGGAUAGAAUACAUUACCUACCACUAUCACAUAUCAUGAUCAAUUACCUCAGAUUCAAAUUUGGAGAAUAAAAUGAUGUAGCCAUGACAACCAACUCUACCGAUGAUGCAGAUAGUGCACUAUGUAUUUUUUUCUGCUGAUCUAAACAUGGUGGUUCAUUUACAUAUUAGGAGCAUGUCUAUUUGGUGUCACGCUAUCCAAUAUUAACCUUUUCACCACCAGUUUUAUCUUUUCAUCACAAAAUAGUUUCUUUUUUUGGG